AAUUUCCAAUGCAAUGUAUACAGUUCAGUGUGGCUCUUCAAUUCACACAGUGAUCUCUGCUUGCAUGGCAAUGUAUUCCUGCUGGUGCAAUGCCCAGCGUUCUGUUGUUGCAGGGAUGCUCUGCCUGUGAGAGUAGCCUCCCUCGCUUCUCUUUCUGAUGCUGUUGCCUUAGCAAGCCGCUGAGCUGACUCAGGUUGACUGGAUGGAGGCGCAAGGAGGGGCGGGUACCCCAGAACUGAACAAAGAAGCUUUAAACCUACUGAAACCUUCUGCCUCGGGUGACCUGAAAACAGACGUAUCCCACAAUCCUUUAGGAGAAGAGGAGGGCGGGAUCCCCUUUCCCAACUCUGGGCUACUGCAUGUGGCAGAAAGAAGGCAGCCCCUGAGCAGCGUGUCCUCCCUGGAGGUGCACUUUGACCUGCUGGACCUCACCGAGCUCACAGACAUGUCCGAUCAGGAGCUGGCUGAAGUGUUUGCCGACUCUGAUGAGGAAAACCAAAACGAAUCUCCAGCAACUCUGCACCAGCCCCCCCUCCCUCGCGGAGGAUACCUGCGCUCGCCCUCGUGGACCAGAACCAAAGGAGAGCACAGGCGGGACAGGAAGAGCAACCCCAGCGAGUCUGAGCAGCCCCUGGAUACCGACAGGCCCAAGAAGCCCUGAGCCACAGACACACUCCCCUGCCUGGACUCUGACACCAAUACCAAGCGCUAUAUAAAUCUGUGGUGAUGAAGAGAAAUGGUAGAUGGAUGCUGUGCGCUGUAAUCUAAAGUAGGCAACAGAUGAGUGAAUGAACCACUAUUUUACAGAAUGUUUUGCCUUAUUGCACAUUAGGUAUUGGCAGAAAUCCAACUAAGAUAAACAUGCUUGGAUAUAAUAAUCCAGUUGACAAGUGGAGGUUUAGAGUCAAGAUCAUCCUCUCUUGUGAAAACAUUAUGGAAUUGAAAGCAACCCUUAGCUACAUUCUUUAAGCACUUUUGGAGACAUUGUUACAUACCCAGGUACUGUGUUGAUGACUGUGGUCUCACCAAUGGCAGAUGAUCUAUUGCACUCAUUCACUAACAUAUUCUUAAAACCAAAAGCCUAUAUUUGUCCUGCCUUCAAAAUACCCGCUAAUGUCCAAAAUGACUUGCUGUCUUUUGACAGGGGGACAGGGGGACAGGGUUUCAAUAGAAUGAAACUGGAAUAUCACUUCCAUUUACUUUCUUUGCUAUUAGUUGUGUGUUUAUACUGUCUGGUUUUAGUAAAUAUUUACAAGGUGAUUCAUAGUUUGUGCAACAUUGUCGAAGCAUUUUGGCCAUCAGAUGGUUGUUCAGUAAUGUCAACGUUGAAGUGCAAUUGAAGACAAUGCAAAGCAACGAUGCUGUGCCAAUCGUCCUGUACAAUAGCUGCCAACGUAGUCAGCAGUUAAAAUGAACCAAUAAAACAUUAAACACUGAAUUGUAAAGCCACUAACAAAUUUAAGCGACAACACUUUUUCUGGAGUUGGUCCUAUAGAUAGAAAAUAAAUGUUAAAUACACAAGAGUGUUUUUCGUUUAAAGGUUUGGGAGGCCAAUGUUAUAAAUUGAGUUUGCUGGGAGUACAGUCAAUUACAAACUAAGUUGAAAAAACCUGGAUACCGAAAGCUGCAAGAUCUAAUGGCCCCAGACCUUCUGGGGCACUUUAUUUUGAUGGUGUGAUGGUUUCUGGUACAAAAGACCCUACUGCUCCACUUACAGAGGCUGGCUCUAAGAGCUUGGUAGUGAGUUUAUAGUUAAGCUCUGUCAGCCCAGGUUGACGUCCCAUCCCAAACAUUACUGUAGGUAACUAAUUAAAAAAUGAACGCCAGGGUCCCUGAGUGGCUCACCUUGUAAAAGCAUGUAUGUGUGGCAUGCAGGGGGAGUCAUACAGUGAGGGGAACGCCCUGGCUGUGCUCAGGCAGACUCCUGCAGGGCUGGCCUUUGUCUUCCUGAGGAAGGUAGCUAGCAGACAACUGUUUUCAAGUUCCUGGGAAUAAAGAAGCAGUUGGCUUGGUCGUGGGAUCAGAGGACGCCCACUGACUUUCAGAUAGCCUGAGCUGUUGUGGGGAAUUACUGCAGUGAGGGGGGAAAAAAAUUGGACAUUCCAAACUGAGGAGAAAAUCAGGGGUAGAAUAUUUGGGCACUGAAAAUGUAUAGAAAAAACAUGAGAAAUCUCAUUAUAAAUUGUAAUAAUUCAGUUCUCAUUGAGGUAUGGUAAUGGUGCACCCAGAGGUAAUGAAAGAGAACUGACUGAAUUUAAUUCAAGUGGGCCAGUAAUAGUGUGCAAAGUCACUUAUUUAAAAAAAUAAUAAUUUUAAUUAAUACCAGUCAUUUGUAAUACUUCAUUGAAAUGAUUCAAAUAGUUUUUGUUUUUUUUUAACAGUCAAGCACUAGCUGUGCUGCAGAUGUUAUUUGUAUUCAUUAGCUGAACUUAAAGGAGGCAAAAACUGAGACAUCUUUUCUAUUGCCUCAACUGGAACACUGCUUGAUGAAGGCAUUUUCACAAGCAAUGUCAGAACACAAGGCAUUCAAGUACAAGCAAUCUUCAAAAACACAAAGGAGCUCAUAAAACUGAACCACAACACUACAGCACAUCACUGAAACAAUGCUUCAGUACAGAACUUCCUCAUGAGCUCCUGCAAGGGUAAUAACUCAACAUAAAGACACUAAUGCAAAGAAAUUAGGGUUUAAAUAAACUUCCACUGUUGUCCACAGAGUACUUAUUCCACAAAUAAACCCACCAAUAAACAGCUGAAUCAAGCUGAAUCUGCUUUGCAAUGAAGCGUAAUUUAAAAGUGUGAUUAAGACAGGAAUUCUGUCAUUUGAUUUGAAACAAAAUUCAAAAAGUGAAUAAUUGCAUAAUAUACAGUACUGCACAAUAAGCAGCCAUUGAAGCAAGUGUUUAAAUGGACAUAGAGAAAUGAGCUGAAAUGGCAAUAAAUGGUGCAUAAAUAAAAGGCGGUUCUCGUAUAUUUAAGAUUUAGGAUCAUAUAUGUUGCAGCAGAUAUAUUCCCUGUUUGAUAAGUUAUUUUCUUUAUCUAGAAUAAAAGACCAUGGCACAUUCAAUCUGUCAAGGGAAACCAUAAAAUAAGACAUAGACAUUUCUGCAGGUGCAACUAGUUGCAUGGAGCAGUUUGAUGGGAAUGUGCAGUCACCCUGCCCCUUCAUCGAUGGAGCCUCAGACAGUGAUCCAUUUUGGAAUUUAACAUAAACCAUUGAUAGCAGGAGCACAUGUUCAGAUCGUCAGCUUUUACAGGACGCCUACAUGGAGGCAAGAUGAAAGCUUAAUAAUCCACAGGGGAAUGCUCUUCUUGCUAAAGCUGCAGGUCUGGAAUUGACUGUGUUUCUGAGAUCUGGACAGAUCAGAUGAAGCAAACAGCAGUAGAUGCAGUUCAGUUUGCAGCCGUCACAUAGAUUCUAUCAGUAUACGUAUUGCUUUACCAUGGGCUAAAUUAGAAGAUGCUAGCAAUUAGAUAUGCAUAUCCAUCUGUCGAACAGGAUUGUUGCUAAAACAUGUUUGAGGAAUGUGUGCUCGAGUGAAGAACGCUUUUCACGCAGAUCUAUUUCAUCUGAAAUAUCGCUGACAUUGUUGAACAAAUGCUGGAUUGAAAAACUGAAAACUACUUUACUGCAUAAAUGUGCCUUAGGUGCUGAAACUAAAUGUGCACCAAAAAAGUUUAAAGACAAACAUUUACGCUUUAAAGUUUAUAAACAUUAUUAUGUAUGUAACUUGGCUGAAGUGCAUAAUUUUGAGAGUUCCAAAGGCAUAAUAGGUAGGCUUUAUUUAAAUAUAACUUUGGUUUAGUGCUCCACGAACCCAUUAUUCAGAUUACACAGAAAUCAGGUGAGGGUCAUUGGUGCUGGUUGGGCUAAUUUACCAUUUAAAGUUAUACAAAAGAAGAAACAGCUGCUUGGAUUUGUGACGAAUGCUUUCCUUAGACUCUGAAGAACAGCAAUCCACACACAUCCAUGCAGCUGCUUCUUCAGUUUGGAAAUUAGCCCAAUCAACACUAAUGACCCUCACCUGCACAGAGCUUGACUUCAACAAUCCGUUUGUGCAGCUCUACUCUGGUUAUUAAUUAACUGCACUUGCACAGAGCACUAGAAGAUGUUUAAAUAUACAGUAUAUACCUCGUCAGGGAAAAUGUUCUAUUGUGGAUUACAGUAUGUACAUUAGUACAAUAAUUUAACAAAAUGCAGUUCACGGUAUUAUUUUCAAAUGGGUUGUUUUGCAAUUCUGCACUGUUUUCCAGAAUCAAUUAAAAGAACAAAAAACUGACAACUUUUCAUUACUGAACUCCAGUCAGACUCUACCCUAGAUGCUGUCAUUAAAAUUAUUGCUCCACCUGGAAUGUGCUACAUUUACACUUAAAGUAUACCAAGGCAAGACUUCGUCUGUAGAAAUACACUUCAUAUCAUAUUAUAGGCUUUUGCAUCAGUAUUAGCUGUGAAAACCUGCUUUCAACGCAAAUAUUAGGUAGACUGGUGUCAGUUUUACUGCUGGAAAAAUUACCUUAUCUUUAAUAAAAAUAAUCCAUAUAA